AUGUCACUUCCCGUUGUCUCCGUCGCGGGAAACGGGCUGUUGUCCAAAGGCAAACGAUUCCAAAUCAAAGGUGUCGUUUAUGGCCGAAGAUCCUCUCGCUCGACUCCGAUCGACGUUUUGGCCGGUUCAAGAGCCAGAAUGGAUGUCAGCUCGAACAUAGCCAACUCCACAUGGCAAAUGAACGUUUUCAAACAAUACGCGGCUGUUCUGGAUUCAAUGGCCGGAUACAACAACCUCUUGGGGCUUCUUGUUGGAGAUGAAAUUAUUAGUGGCUAUACAUCGGUCGAUCUAGCCCCGUAUCUAAAGGCUGCAGCUCGAGAUAUGAAAGCUUAUACUGCUGCUAGGCAGUAUCGUCCUAUACCGAUUGGAUACGCCACAAGCGCAGAGUAUACCUAUAUGCAAGCGCUAGGAGAAUACCUUGUGUGUGGCGGUAACAGCGACAAUGCUGUAGAUUUCUAUUCGGUCAAUGACUACCAGUGGUGUGGCAAUUCGUCCAUAAAAGAGUCCGGCUACGACACCUUGACAUCGAAAGUCGAAGGCCUAUCGGUACCCACAUUCUUUUCUGAAGAUGGUUGCGACGAAGUAUCUCCGCGGCUCUUUGGGGACCAGCCCGCGAUUUUUGGGUCUAACAUGUCAAGUAUUUGGAGUGGUGCAAUCAUCGAUGAGUGGAGGCAGGAGACGGGAAACUACGGGCUUGUCUCAUAUACCACUUCAGGAGUCAGCACGCCAACAACUCUGGCCGACUACAAUGCUCUGAAAAGCCAGUGGUCUUCUAUCAGUACAAAUACUGAACCUCCGUCUACGUUAUCUACCCCUUCCUGUCCCGCAUCGAUCAAUUCAUAUUGGCCGAUAGACCCCAGCGCUGCAUUGCCAACAAUAGCGGGUCUUGACUUUGCGACCAUCAAAGCCGCGGGUGCUACCGAUACUACGGAUAGUACCAGGACGAGUAUCAGUACGAGCACCAGUACCAGUAGCAGCCAUAGCACGGAAUCCAGCCUUUCAAGUGGUGCAAAGGCCGGGAUUGGUAUUGGUGUUGCGUUGGGCGUGGUGCUCUCCAUCAGCUUCCUCUUCCUGCUUUUCUGGCACCGACGAAAGAUUCGCCAAGGAAGCAAAUUACCUUUGAUGACACAGACCCCCGAACUUGCUGCGGGAAGUUUGAAUCGUAUUGCUCCCCCAGCCGAACUAGCUCACACUACUCCGCUGGCCGAAUUAGCCCAAACAAAUUCAUUAAAUGAACUACCGGGUUCAUCUCCGAGGGCCCAAGAGCUUGACACUGGGGUGGUUCACAAGGCUGACAAGCCUAAACCAAUCAUAAAGUGA